AAGAAUGAUGACAUGUCGGUGAGAACCAAGGGAAUCGAGGACCACACCGCGUGCGGCGUCAGCCUGCUGCCGGCCACUACGACAGAGCAUGCAGCGGUGGUUGCUAGCCCUAGACGAGCCUGCGUCUAACCCAUGCGGUAGCACUGUCAUCGACCACGAACCAUCGGGGUGAUACCGUUGGACCGUAUCAGGGGAUGCUGGAACGCGGGAAAUUCUGUUCCAGUGCCGCGAUCGCAACGGCCUUGGCAGUUUCAGCCGGGAACCAGAACAGCCCCGACGCCGAUGGCGUAAAGUUGGCCUUACACUUACCGAACGAGCGGUACGGCUGCAAUCCCGACGGCCUGUACGCUGUCCCGAGGACCGAGUUGCACGAGGCGGAAUGGAUAGAGCCUGACUCGAUAGACACCGAGGUCUCGAGGUUCGUAGCCGGCUCGUCGACGGCGACGACGACGACGACCACCACGCAGAACAAUUCGAGAAGAUGCUGCCGAACCUCGACCAGUUCCGGUUACUCCAGCCAUUCGCCGCCGUUGUCAGCGGGCUCCUACUCUUGUUACGCGUCGGCGGUGCCCGGCCAGGCGUUUUUCCGCACUGUACCGUUGUCGAUGAAGGACCACUUCGGAGGCGGCGGGCUAGCCGUGAUCCACGAGAGCGAAGCGAUCCCGCGUCCUAUAUGGCCGUCCGCGUUCCCCGGGCCGCGCGAGCUCUACCAAACUGACGAGAACCCCGAAUACGAUGCUCUGUACACGUGUUGCGGCUGCGGGUGCGCGUACACGUACCCGCCGUACGACCGGGACUACGAGAAAUCCGCCGGCACGUCGGCCCACGAUAUCCUCCUCGAGGUGUCCCACACGCUGAACUCUGUGAUAGACGGGGAGGUCGCGAUGACGCCGGAAGAGAUCCUGCAGAGCAUCUCGCAGAAGGUCGCGCAGGGUAUCGGGCUGAAGAGCGGCGUCUACGAGUACGUGUACCGCCACAACGCCUCGUCGUUCUUGUCCGGCAAGAAGUCGCUGCUCAGCGAGAAAACCUCGUCGCUGUUCGGCUGCGGGAGCAGGACCACCUCGUCCAGGAUCAAUCCGGUGAACUCGAAGCUGUACACGAACACCAGACGCUUCUACCUGCACAACCCGGCCUGGUACACGUCCCUGUGCACCUGCGAGCACAAGCAUCACAGAUUCCUCUCGUCCUCCUCGUCGUCGUCGAAGGGCGACGAGGACACGAGGACCCUGGACGCGACAGGGAAGAAGGAAGCCGCGCCUCAGAUGUUCCAGCCAAGCGACCGCCAAGGGAAGCCGACGGGACCGGCUGGCCAGAACGAGCCGAGCGUUCCCGGCUCGCGAGCGUGCGGCUGCUCGAGCCGGCCCAGCCGGCAGGCCGCGCAGAACGCGUACGCGAAUCGCAGGAUCGGCCAGGACGCGAAAGAGGUGAUCGGAUUGAACGGAGAGAAGGAGAGUCGUGACAGACUCGGCCACGGUGAACCGGAGUACGCAACGCUGGAGUGCUGUAACGGCGGCUCGUCCAGCGAGGCUAUAGUUGUCAAGUCCGGGAAAAGCAAUUGGGACCAUCGUCUGCGCGGUUUCACGGGUGACCUAGACUUCACGCUGGACGUGUCCCGGGCCGAGAGGUUGGGCCAAGCGAUCGCUAGAGCGAAACGGAAACGACAAUGGUGUAGAGCCGUAACCGCCUUCUUCGGACUAGUCUUCUUCGUUUUAAGUGUCGUCAUUGUCUCCCUGUCUGUCACGAGGGGCCGGAAAGCGUUCGGAAGCAUGUGACCGUCGACGUUCUUGUUCCACCGUUGCAGCCUGCAACGAUCGAGACCAUUCAAUCAUCCAUGUUGGAAGUAUCGACUGGAAUCCGUUUCAUCUUCGAGCUCACCUGUGAGAUCAUCUGGCGAGGAUCAUUUCAGCUAGGCAGUGAACCUGGCGAAACUGCAAACGAAAUGUCCUGUAGCGCUGGGUUCGGAUUCAACUAGGAUCCUCGGCACCUAGAUCGUCGUCAUCGUUUCAGAGAUCAUUCGAAACUGAUUUCAAAAGGAAUUUAUCGCGGAAAAGAUAUAUUAGGCUGUCCUAUAAGUUUCUUUCGUGGUCUAAUUCGGAAAAGGAAAGAAGAUCGGUAUGAUCGGAAGGUAGAAUAGACCGGAGUUAACACUAGAACUACCGAGCGUUUAAUACGAUUAAUAUGCAGUUCCCAUAAAAAUUGUAACAAUAGAUUAUUGUCAGUUUCUUCAGGCAUUCAUUGUAGUACUGAAAUGAAACUAUUUAUUUUCAAAAUCAUUUCGAAUAUUCGAUGCUUCGAAGAUAUCGAUAAUUGCUGAACAAACAAAUGGAAACCGGUCAUUUUGACUGGUACGGUAGUUCUAGUGUUAAUGAGACAUGUUACGCAUUGAUUAUACCAAUCAAAUGAAAGGUACUUUUGGGACAACCUAAUACUUUGCAGGAUGCUAGCGAAUGCCCAGCCUUUAUCGUCCUGUAGCGUUGAUUACUGCCUAGCAAAGUAGAGUAGAGAAUUAUACGAAUAAUUUGAAACGGUAAGGAGACACGGAAAGUUUUGUCGAAUGUUGUCUACUCUGCUGCGCCGGACAGAGUGAUAGAGUAAAAGAAGCUGGAACGACUAGCUCUGCUCUGGUGGUCUGGGACGGUCAAUGUUUCCCUCCUAAAAUACACAGAAUGUAAUUUAAUUGUGUCAUGUUCUGAUUUCGGCGAAAAGAGUAUAGUAACUACCGUGGACACGAUAAAGUGCGUAACAGAAAGAUUUGAUCGGUAUCAGGCGCAAGGUAACUUAACCUAACGAGAACGCAAGAGGCACGUGUGUAGAGAACUGCGUCGUAGUAUGGAUAGAAGGUCCACAGGGAUAGUAUUCCAUGGGCUUACCGAUUGCAAUCCAGCAAACAAUUUCUCUGAUUUCCGAUUAGAAAAGAUGUAGGGUAAGUCGGAUAGAGAUAGCCUAGAUUUUAUAAAAGAAGUAUUUCUUUCUAAAUACCAUUAAUCCUUACCACUCCAACCUGUAGUCUCACUCUUGUAUCUGUCUCUUUUUGAUAUUUCUUCUUAUGUUUAUCUAACGUUCAUAAUUGAAUUUCCUCUUUGAAAUGAAGAAAAUUGAUUUGCAACUGGCAAUCAUUCUAUGGUAUUCUUGGAGUGAUAAGGGUUAACGUCUAACAGAAAUAAAAUAUAUUUAUGAAAGUAAAUAUAUAUAUAUAUAUAUAUAUAUAUAUAUGUAGAGGAAUAAUUAAAUAGCAGUGCAAUAUUCAGUAUACGACUGAAAACAAUUGAAAAUACAGAUAGAAAAUGUGAGAGCGGGCCGUCUCACCCGGAAUUACCCUACACCUGAAAAUAUCGAUGAACGUCAUUUAUAUCCAGCAAACUGUGCGAUCGAAAACAUUUUCUUCGGUUCUCGAAAAUGAAAAAUGUUCAACUUCCCCUCAUUUGCAAUGCGAGGAUUUAUAAAUCUCUGCUGAAUACGUAUAACCGAAUGGACGUGGAGUUUUCGAAUCACUCUCUGUGAUCCUGUCGUCGAGUCCGAAGAUUUUCGUAACGGCGGCUUUGGCAAAAACACUGACUGACACACUCUCGCUUUAUGUAUUUUUUCAGUACCUUAUACCGUUAAGUGAAAUUAGCAGGAUUUAGGUCCUGUUAGCAAUAUGUGGCUGUGACCAUGUUCUUAUAUACGGAUAUUAAUAUACAACAUAUACCCCGAUAAGAAAUCGUGUGUAAUGAUUGCAUGAGAAUCACACAA